UCACGCUGUUCAGAGUAUGACAGCACGCCACCGGCUUAAGUCUAUGAGACUCAGAUAGAGACAGAAAUCAUAGACUGUCCUAAAGAAAGCUUCUGAAAUUUGCAUAUUUCAGUCACGCUUGUUAUUGCGGUCAACAGUAUGUGUCAUCAGAGACGCGAGGAAUUUUUCGUCGUUUCAUGAGGCAAGCUUGCUUUGGUUGCUUAGCGAAGCGGCAAAUGGUUACAGUUUCAUAAAGUUACUGCACUGUGGGGAAACAACUUAUUUAAGAAGACAUCCUAUCAACACGAGAUCGAUUGCAUAAAAAUCGCAUAAGAGUUGAAGGUGAGACGGUAAAGGGAGGCUCCAAUGAUGUGGGGCCAGGCAAUAAGAGGAAUUCUGGGAAUGAUUUGUUUCAUUGCUCCAAUGGGCCAAGUGAAAAGUGAGAGCGACCUUGACUUUAAGAUGUGUGGAACAUGGCAUCACGGUUCUGGCGACAGGAUCCUGGAGUUUGCGCUGACCAAAGGCUGUGGCUCCCUCCACAUCAGCGCUAAUGAGACCACCCUGUCCAUCAGGGGCAGCAUCACAGCCAGCCAUGAGGCUGCGGAUCAGAUCCAAUUGGGCGACAAGCGGGGGGGUUUCAGCCCCUUCUGUGUGCUGUGGGAGCCGCUGGUGGACCGUCUGCGGGUCGAGGUGGACGGGAAGAACCGCACAGUUCUGAGAUCAGCCGGGUUGCAGGAGGGCUGUUGCACGGACCUUUCCCCCGGAAAACAGGAUGCAGCUCAAACCUCAUACGGCAUUGCAAAUGGCACCAUGCGAACCGAUGUUAUGAGCUUCAAAACAUUUAGGACAUAUGAGUUCGAUGGACAAACCAUCAACUGCAAAAAAGAAUUUUGUGCUGAUGAAGCAACCAGAAAAGUGAAUAUGAUUGAGGAAGCAAUGAUGAAAUCCGAUGUCCUGGGCAUUGUAAAUUCUGCAUGCUUUCAGGGAGAAGUUGUGGAGAUGGAUGAUAACUUCACAGGGCGUGAUAUAGCAUUUCCGGGGGAAGCGACUGCAAGGGGACCUCGGCCGUCAGUACCACAACCUUCAGUGCACCUGCCGGCCUCUUUAAAACCUGAAACAGCGAGAAAAGCCAAAGUUGUGUGCACCUUCUUCAAGAACAAUACCAUAUUUAACAAAGGAUUCGAGAAAAAGCAGCCAGGCGCGAGGAUCCUGGAAGAUGUUGUGGGAAUUUCGGUCGAAAAUGAGAUCAUCAUUGGACUGCCUGAGCCUGUCAAGAUUGGCUUCCACCAUCGUGCUCUACCAAAAAAUCAUUCCAGAACAUGUGUUUCCUGGGAUACAAGAACAGCACCCGAGGUUGACUGGAAGACUGAUGGUUGCAAGACCGUACCGAUUGAUGAGCAUAAGACAGAAUGCCACUGUAAUCACCUGACCUACUUCUCCAUUCUAGUGCAAAUUGAACAACGCGACUCACAGUGCCAUCUAGAGGCCCUGACUUUUAUUACAGCCGUGGGAUGCGCUGUGUCGGCCCUCAGCUGUGUCAUCCUGUUCUAUUCACUCUGCAAGAAGAGCAAAAAGAAGUCUAAGGACCAGUCGGCGCCGAUCCACCGCGGCCUGGUGGUCACCCUGUUCUUCCUCAGCAUGCUCUUCAUCCUGACCGGCGUGUUGGCCAAUGUGGGAGGGGAGUCUAUGUGCCGGGUGGUGGGGGCGCUGCUGCACUACGCCCUGCUCGCCUCUUUCUGCUGGAUGGCCGUGGAGAUCUUCCACACCUUCUGGAUGGUCUACAUGAUCUUCAGCGACCCGCCAAAACCAUUCAUCUGGUGCAUACUGGGAUUCGGUAUUCCUGCUGUCCCAGUUGCCAUUCUGGUCUCCAGAGAUGACAUCUACGGCUUGAGAGAAGUGAGGCCCAGCGGUGAUGUUGACAAUCCAUACAAGAUGUGUUGGAUGAAGGACAACAGCAACGCCUGGCUGGCUCACUACCUGACCAAUGUGGCCUUCCUCCUCCUCCUGAUCUCCACUGGGCUGGUCAUGCUGUUUGUAGUCCUCAGAAAGAUCCGGAAUCGAGACGAGUGGAGGAAGAGGAAGCUGGCGUUCCUCAGCAUGUGGGGCCUCAGCUGUCUCUACGGGACCACGUGGGCGUUCGGCCUGCUGGAGAUCGGCCCUUACUACUGUCCAGUCACCUUCCUCUUCUGCAUUAUCAACACUUUACAGGGUUUCUUUAUAAUGCUGCGGUACUAUGUCCUGGAGCGGAUUCGAAACAGUAAGGAGUCGAUUCUGGAUGGAAGUAGCUCAGGAUCCACACGGCAACACAUGCUACAACCCCACGGAAAGGGUGCUUCAGAAUGAAAAUGGAGGACAAUAAUCUAUCUGUUGCCUCACCACAACCAAUGCUUUCGAAAAGACUAUUGGCCAGUUACCAGGUGUUGGUUCAACACCUUUUUAUAUAGUUCACAUUUUGCUCACAAUGUGGUAAAAAGAUGACAUGUUGACAACUUGUCCUUGAUAUCAAAUGUUCUGAAUUUACUAGAUACUCUCACAAUGAGUGUCAAAUUCCAUUGAUGUGACAUCAGGGAUAUACUGUAUUUGAUUUAUAGCAAAUGUAGGCCUGCUAUAUGCUGUCUCUUAUUUUUUAUUCAUCAGCGAUCAGACAGAAAUAAUUAUGUGUUUUGUUUCCCAGCUGGCUGGACAUGACCAUGUUAUCAUGCCAAUAUGUAGGGACCGUGCGCUUAUGCAGGACCAGGGUAUUUUAUUUGUCUGAUAUAUUAAGGCCAUGAUAAGCUCAUUCUUUUUGCGUCAAUGUUUUUAUGUUAUAAUAAGGCAUUUAGCACUUUAGCCACCUUUUUUAUCCAUCAGAUAAUACACAAGAUAGACAUUUGUGUGUACACCUGUCACAAAUUAGAUACUGUGACAGGCAUUCCAAACGUGUACCUAUAAAAAAUACUGUUACCAUUACUAGUUGGCCUAUAAAUUACAUCUUACUUUAAAUGGACAAUUGAAGUGUCGGUUAUAGUGUUGGACCAUUGAAGUGUUGGUUAUAUGUUCAAUUGGAGCUAGAUGACCGAGAACAGAGGUUGCUGUCAUUGUGUGCAUUUGACCUAUUCCUUGGUCCAGCGUGGGUUUUGUCAUUGUCCAUAGAGGACUGUAGCGCUUCAUGACCUUUUUUCUGUUUCACUGAUGACGUGUCCUGCUGUUUUCUGUCUGUCUGACAUAUAGGGGCCUAAUUCUCAAUAGAGAAGGAUUACUGAAUACUUCAGUCAUUCACACUGAACACAAACCCUUAGAUUCUUCUUUUUGCACUUUUGUGUUUCAUUCGUUUUCAGAGUACUGUGACAAAUCUUUUUUUUAUUUUGAAAAAAAAACUUUUCUUAUAUUUGUAUAUUUUGCAUUUAAAAAAAAUGUAUUUUCAGAUGUGCGUUGUCGUGUUUAUUAAAGAUGAUCUUCC